GAAGAUGAAGGCUGAGCUCGCAGAGAUGCAGGGACAUAUCAAAAAUCACGGCGAUCAGCUUGCCAGCAUCCAGCAGUCGACAUCCACCACCUCAGAUGAUGUACGUGCGCUUCGUAACUUGCUCGAGGGUAGCUUAGGCGGCAACGGUGGCAAAGGCAGUUGGAACGCUCCUGGUCCCAAAGGUCUCGGCAAAGGAGCAGAUCAGGGUGUUCCCGCAGUCCACGAGAAUGGCCCCGUCAUGAACCCCAUGAUGACCAAGCAGAUGCACGAGACCGCGUUGUCGCUUCUUGGCGUGUCGAAGGAUCGAGCUGAUGUAUCGCAGUGGGCUGCGACGAUUCCCGAGGGUGGCCUUCCAUACUUGGCUUGGUGGACGGAGAUUGGCAAGAAGAAAGGACUCGACCAGUGGCGUCGCAAACUCAAGUCGCUCGGAGCCAGCGAGGCGCAGGUGGAUGGCAAAGACUUGGCCGCCAUGGGCACGCUCUUGUUUCAGUUUCUUGACGAGGAUGGGGAGUGGGCGAACACCGCCAUGCAGCAGGCGCCCCCCGCAGCAUGAGCUCCUCACCACGAAGCUUUAGAGUCUGCUGAUACCUGUGCCCAGGUCCAGGCCUUGUCUUCUUGGGGAGCUGUUGUCUCGGCGACGUCUUCGGGUCGUGAGCUCAUGAGUUGUGCACGCACAUGCUUAUCCUAUCUUUUUCCCAACUCCUUGUCCUCCCUCUCUGGCUUCAUCGUCUCCCUUUGCACGCUCGUGUGCUUAUGGUGCGCCGUGCAAGCAGCGAUAUUUGUCUUUAAUUUCAGAAUAUGGCUCACCACUAUCUUUGAGGGAAUUAGCCACGCCAUGUCACAUGUCCUGCCGUCCUUUAUCGGACACUGGAUCGGCGCACGCUUUCUGGCACCCAUGUUCCCCUCCUUCUUCCCUGGUGGUUUAGCCGCAGACGAUGGUAGCUUGUCUCUUGAAGGCCAGGGGAAUGGCCUUGAUGUGAUAGCAGGC